AGGCUGGUGUGUGAAAACACCCCUUCGUGUCUCAUCUACACCAGGCGGAGAGUGCUUUCCCCGCCCUCUGGCUACAGAACGGGAGAAGGAGGGGCUGGAAACAGCUACGGCUGCUGCCUGCUUCAGUCAAGCUUGCAAGCUUUAUCAGCGGCUCCUCUGAAGCAGACUUAAACCAACAGCCUCUCUAGCAUCAGGGGUUGUUUAGACCACCGUCUUGCUGCCAGCCUUUGGAUUCCAGGGACAGAGACUGGCAGAGAGCAACUCCAGACAACAGCACCAAGCUGCCUGGACAUACAUGCUUUGGAGGGAACACCUACAUUGACCACCACACUGGAGAAGGUAUUUGAAGAGACAGUUUCCGGAAUCCAACAGGUCUCCAACCUGGAGGAAGAGCAGUCCUUGGCACCAGGACCCAGAACUCCAAAACCUCCGGACAAACUCUACAGGCUUGUCAUUGACUGGGAGAGUCCAGGGAGAAAUAAGACCGUCUCCACCCAGGAGGUCCCAUGAAGUGACCCACCUCCAUGGAAAAGGCAUCGUUGUCCCUCAUGACCAACACCACUAGUUCCAACAUUGACCUCAAGGUUAAACAGACCAAUGCUUCAUCUUGUCAGCCUAACUCAUCUGGAGGUGGUCCAGAGACAGUUAUCGUACCAGUGCUGUUUGGGUUGAUCUUUCUCCUGGGCAUGGUGGGGAACACGUUAGUGUUGGUGGUCCUAGGGCGCCUUCGCCCAGGAGGGCGGCCCUCGCGCAGUGCCACCAACAUCUUCAUCCUCAACCUGAGCAUUGCUGACUUCUCCUUCCUGAUCUUCUGCGUCCCCUUCCAGGCGACCAUCUACUCCCUGCCAGAGUGGGUCUUUGGUGCUUUCUUCUGCAAGUGGGUGCACUACCUGGCUAUGGCCACCAUGCUAGUCAGCAUAUUCACCCUGGUGGCCAUGUCAGUGGACAGAUACAUUGCUGUGGUGCACGCCAAGCGCUCGCUGUGCAUCCGCAGCAAACGCAAUGCCACCAUGGGCGUGGCUGUCAUCUGGGUCCUCUCCUUGCUCUUUGCCAUCCCUGUGGCUCAGCACCAGGUCCUUGUGAGCGGGCACUACCAGGCACCAAACAGCUCCUUCUGCUGGGAACAGUGGGCUGGCAACUCGGCGGCCAAGCAGAUCUACAAGGUUACCAUCCUGGUUGUGGGCUACCUACUGCCCUUGAUGCUCAUCACUUGUUGUUAUGCCAAGGUUCUGUAUCAUCUUCAUAAAAAGGUGAAGAAUAUCUCAAGGACAUCGGUGAGAUCAAAAAGAAAGACUGCACAAACUGUGCUACUUGUGGUUGCUGUAUUCCUGAUCUCCUGGCUACCACACCACAUCAUCACCAUGUGGGCAGAAUUUGGAGAUUUCCCAUUGAACAAUAUCUCCUUCACCUUUCGAAUAAUCUCCCACUGCUUAGCCUACGGGAACUCUUGCAUCAACCCUAUCAUCUAUGCUUUCUUGUCUGAGAAUUUCCGCAAAGCCUGCCGGCAAGUCUUUUCAUGCAAGCUCCUCCUUCAGCCAGCCCCUGCAAAGAAGCUGGUAAGGAUUCGCAUGGAGAACUUUUCUACCACUCACUCAACAACUAAUGUGUGAACAAGAACUGGAAUGAGAAAGGUUUAUCAGGAGGAACAAAUGGAGAAAGGCCACACACAGAAACCAAAUUGUAUAGGAAAAGUGGACUUACCAGGACAGCUCUUUGUGUUGAUUGUGGUCAUGUAAGCCAUCCAUUCACCAUCAUUAGUCCUGGUAAAGAAGCUGUGCACAUCUGUCCCAGAAGUAGCUUAAAAGCAUUCUGAUGGAGCAUGUAAGAGAAGUCACCUGAGAAGCUACAUUAGGAAACUAAGACGUAAAUGUUUACAGACAACUGUGAAGGGUAUGACUAAUGAAAAACUGUCUCCAAAUAUUGAAAUGGGUCAGUUUGUAGAGAUAAGCAAAAGGGAAGGUUGGGGGUGAGUGGGAAAGGAUACCUCUGAAAUCUGAGCAAUGUUUCUUCAAAUUGCUGCCAAGGGCCUUCUGAAGUUGGUCUGCCUUCAGUGCUGAAACCCCUGUUAUGUUGUUUGUUAAAUUGUUGAUUCACAGCACCAACAGCUGUGUGCCACAUGUCUUGAAAACAAAAUGAACUUUUGUUGUUUGGAAA